AUGGGGGAACGAUUGAACUCGGAAGUGCAACAUAGAAUUCAAUGUGGAGGGUUGAACUGGAGAAACUUGAGUGGUGUAUUAUGUGACAAGAAAUUCAGCUGCAAACUGAAAGGUAAAUUGUACAAAUCGGUUGUUAGACCUGGAAUGUUGUAUGGGGCUGAGACAUGGGCAAUCACAAGAACCCAAGAAAGAAAGAUGGAGGUGGCGGAGAUAAGAAUGUUGAGAUGGAUGUGUGGCGUAUCAAGGAAGGAUAGAAUAAGAAACGAGUUUAUUAGAGGUUCUGUUAAGGUGGGUCCCUUGAGCAGGAAGAUGCAAGAAGACACGUUGAGAUGGUUUGGCCAUGUAGAGCAAAGUAGUGAAGAUUAUGCUGGAAAGAAAGUCGGAAAACUGGUAGCGAAAGGAAUGAGGAAAAGAGGAAGACCAAGGCUGCAUUGGAAAGAUAGGUGGAGGAAGACUUGGAUCAGAGGGGACUAA